AUGAGAGGAAUCGACCCCAUCAACGUGGCUCUGGCCUUCGGUGCUUUCAUCAUUGCGUUGAGAGCCCUAUUCCAGGCCGCAAUCCAACUUUUAUACUAUCUCCCAGAGUUGUUGAAGCUUCUGACCAUCGAAGACAACCUGAAGAUGAUUGUCGGCUUCUGGAUUCUCAUCCAUACUCUUCUCGCUGCCCCCUUCUCUUAUCUUUACGUUAUAAACCCAUCAAUCCGAUACUUCAUCCCUUCGCUCGGUUGUUCAGAAGAAACUGCGACCAGAAUCGACCAGAAGAUAGCUCGUUGCAGCAUGGUUGCCUUCAUCCCAUACCCCAGUACUGUAUUGCACGCGUCUGCAGCAGUUGUUGGCUAUCUGUGUCGGACAUCGAUCACAAUCGCGACCUUGGCCACCGACAGAAUAUUCAAGGAGAGACGAACCAACGUUGUUACCGAAGCGAAACAGCCUUCCCUCAAUCUCCAUGCGGAACUUACAACUGAGCAAAAAGCCGCUGAGGCGCGGAGAUGCCGACUACCGGGCCCUGUCUGCGAAUCCAGGCGGCAUCAACUUGACAUCAAACGAAAGGAGGUGAACGAGCUGGUUAAACAACUGGGAGAGGUGGAACAGCGCGAGCUCGACGCAAACGGUGCUACGGAUACUGAAAGAGCCUCUCGCAAACUCAUACAGCAACGCCUUGAUCGUACCGAGCAACAACUGUCCCAGUACAGCCCGGAAGCGAAUAACAUCCGACAACUCGAGUCUCAGCUGGCAGAAUACCAGAAGAAGGCCGACCAGGCUAGACUUCGCGCCGACAAGGCCGAGCGCCUGCUCAAGACAGAGGUCGAGAAUUCAAAGUGGAUCAUCGAACGGAAGGACGCCCACGCCAGAAAGCUCCGCGGCGAUGCAGCGCAUGUCGCCGUGGUGGCAAAAGACAGGCUAGGGGUUAUGCGUGCCGAGAUCAAGUCGUUGAAGCAGGAGUUGGACGAAGCAACACGAAAAAACACGCCUGCCGACAUUGAGACUUUCAUUGCAGAGAAAGACACGACCAUCCAGUUCUUGAUUGAUGCGGGAAUUGCCGUUGAGGAAGACCGCGACGAGAAGAUGAAAUACGCCGAGACUAUGUACGCUUUGCUGGAAACAGAGAACCAAAACCUGCGACAGCAACUGAGUGACUCGACCAAUAUCUUGCAGAAUGCUGGCAACAAAGCUGAGAUCUGUUCUCUGAGAGACACUCUGGCGGAUGCUCAGAAACAUAUUCAGACAGCCAAGGCGGGUCUUACUAACAAGCAAGCUAGGAUCGACGAGCUUGAGAACCAGGUCAAGAAGGCCACAGGCGAGUCAAAUGCGGCCAUGGCCGGUGUCGCUAACCAAAUCAACAAAUUGACCGCCGAGCUCUCAGCCGCACAAGAGAAACUGGUCCUUGGAAUGACGAAAGAACACAUCGAAAGCAUUACACAUCAGACGGAAGAGCUGAGCAACCAGCUCACAACCGCACAAGCCAGUCACACUAGCAAGAUGAACCAGGCAUCAGCCAUCCAUACCGAGCAACAGCAGUGCAUCGCCUCUCUACGCAGCAAUUUGGAUGCUUCCAAUAACGAGAACACAAGCCUCCGUCAAGAGGUAUCGCGACUUCAAGAGCUGCAUCAUCAGAACGCAGUCUCCAACGCCAACAGCGGGGCUAUCGAACAGCGUCUGGAAGCUGUGCAGCACCAGCAUCAAACUGACCUGAACCAAGCGAGAACCUUAUUUGCCACGAAGGAUGGCGAAUUCAAACACCUCCAAGACAGCCUUGUUGUUGCCCGGGUACGUAUCAGUAGCCUGGAAAAAGAAGUCACCGAGAUGCAAGAAUACAACGAGGACCACGACAAAGAAGUCGAGAGCUUGAAGGAACAGCUGCACAAGGCACUUACCAAUGAGCAGGAUGCCAUCAAACGCUUCACAGAGCUGGAGGAGAGGAGAAAAAAGGAGGCCACCGCAGACCUUCUAAGGUAUAACCGGCUCAAGGUCGAAUACAACAAGGCCAGCCGACAGAGGGACAACCUUGCUGCCGGCACCCGGACUGACAAGACUGAAGCUCUCCGAAAUCAGCUGACGAAGGCAGCUGACAUGAUAACGGACCGUGACAUAAGUAUCAUGACCUUGGAAGAGCAGGUCCAAGGAAUGAAGAGCAAUUUCGAAAACGGACAUGCUGGUGCCAACACAAGCGCCGAGGAUCAGAACAAUCAGAAGACAUCCCCGAACCAAACGCAGUUAUACACCACCGAGACCAAAGAGAAGCAGCAAAAAGCAUUGGAAAUGAUCAACAGAGCCCAAUGGCUGGGAGGCGUCAACGAGGACGGCUCAGAGGAGGAUGCUCAGUCUGAUACUGGCAUGGAAAUGGAAAGCACGCAGGCAUACGACGCCACGAACCCAAAGACCCAGGACGAAAAGAAGAAUCAAGGAGAGGAGGAUGCCGAGGAGGAAGACGAGGAAUUCGAAGCGGCAAUGAACCAGGCCAUUGAUGAGUCGAACCAAGAGUACGAAAACCGAACAGCCGCCAUAUUCAAGACAAGCAUUGAGGCCCCAGGAGUCAAAAACCCUUUUGCACUGCCUGGACCCCCAACAACAGCAUCGGACUUCUCUGCCAUGUUCGGCAGACAUGACCCUGUGCCGAUAUUUGGGCAACAGACAGCAAACAUGUCAAGCCCGGAAAAGCCUGUGACGCCGGACUCGACGACUGCGAAGCACCUCAAGAGCGGUGUCACAUUCUGGAUGCCCACGAAGAUGUCUCCUGCCACACCGACCCCCAAACAGCAACAGAAGCAGCAGAAUGCUUCGGGACAAGAGGCAUCUGAUACCCCCGCCCCGAUCACAGGUCGCAAACUCAAGCGUCCAUCGACUCGGCGUCUCUCGCAUACGAAGGAGCAGCAGCUCCAAUCCCCCAACCCCUCCUCUGAUGCAGUCUACAAACCUGCCCCGAAGAACGAGUGA